CCAGCCGCUGCCAAGGUUGGGUGCGCCGCUGAACGGAUGGCAGAAGGAGCCGAGCGGAUCCUCCAGGAACGCCGGCCAGCCGUUUGCCUGUCAUCUGUUGCCACCCAUUGAUGCCAAGAUGACCAAGCUAGGAUUCUUGCGGCUGUCCUAUGAGAAGCAGGACACGCUUCUGAAGCUUCUCAUUCUGUCGAUGGCUGCUGUGUUAUCUUUCUCUACUCGUCUGUUUGCUGUUCUCAGAUUUGAAAGUGUCAUCCAUGAGUUUGAUCCCUACUUCAAUUACCGAACCACCCGCUUCCUGGCUGAAGAGGGCUUUUAUAAAUUCCAUAACUGGUUUGAUGACCGGGCCUGGUACCCUUUGGGGCGAAUCAUCGGAGGAACCAUCUACCCAGGCCUGAUGAUCACCUCCGCGGCGAUCUACCACGUGCUCCAUUUUUUCCACAUCACCAUCGACAUUCGGAAUGUCUGUGUGUUCCUGGCCCCUCUCUUCUCUUCCUUCACCACCAUCGUCACCUACCACCUUACCAAAGAGCUCAAGGAUGCAGGGGCUGGGCUUCUCGCUGCCGCCAUGAUUGCCAUCGUGCCCGGCUAUAUCUCCCGGUCCGUGGCUGGCUCCUACGAUAAUGAAGGGAUCGCCAUCUUCUGCAUGCUGCUCACCUACUACAUGUGGAUCAAAGCAGUGAAGACCGGGUCCAUCUACUGGGCAGCCAAGUGCGCCCUGGCUUAUUUCUACAUGGUCUCCUCCUGGGGAGGUUACGUCUUCCUCAUCAACCUGAUCCCCCUGCACGUGCUGGUGCUGAUGCUCACGGGGCGCUUCUCCCACCGCAUCUACGUGGCCUACUGCACCGUGUACUGCCUGGGCACCAUCCUCUCCAUGCAGAUCUCCUUCGUGGGCUUCCAGCCCGUCCUUUCGUCGGAGCACAUGGCAGCCUUCGGGGUCUUUGGCCUCUGCCAGAUCCACGCCUUCGUAGAUUAUCUGCGCAGCAAGCUGAACCCGCAGCAGUUUGAAGUUCUCUUCCGCAGCGUCAUCUCCCUGGUGGGCUUCGUCCUUCUCACCGUGGGAGCACUGCUCAUGCUGACAGGAAAAAUAUCUCCCUGGACUGGGCGCUUCUACUCGCUGCUGGAUCCUUCUUAUGCCAAGAACAACAUCCCCAUCAUAGCCUCAGUGUCCGAGCAUCAGCCUACAACCUGGUCCUCCUACUAUUUUGAUCUCCAGCUUCUGGUCUUCAUGUUUCCAGUUGGUCUCUACUACUGCUUUAGUAACCUGUCCGACGCCCGGAUCUUCAUCAUCAUGUAUGGGGUGACGAGCAUGUACUUCUCGGCGGUCAUGGUGCGACUGAUGCUGGUGUUGGCGCCUGUUAUGUGCAUCCUUUCUGGCAUCGGCGUCUCCCAGGUGCUCUCUACAUACAUGAAGAAUCUAGACAUAAGUCGGCCAGACAAGAAGAGCAAGAAACAACAGGAUUCCACUUACCCUAUUAAGAACGAGGUGGCCAGCGGGAUGGUGCUGGUCAUGGCCUUCUUCCUCAUCACCUACACCUUUCACUCCACCUGGGUGACCAGUGAGGCCUACUCUUCGCCUUCCAUUGUGCUCUCCGCCCGUGGUGGGGACGGCAGCCGCAUCAUCUUCGAUGACUUCCGAGAAGCCUACUACUGGCUGCGCCACAAUACCCCGGAGGAUGCGAAAGUCAUGUCAUGGUGGGAUUAUGGCUACCAGAUUACAGCUAUGGCAAAUCGGACGAUUUUAGUGGACAAUAACACAUGGAAUAAUACUCAUAUUUCUCGAGUGGGGCAGGCAAUGGCGUCCACAGAAGAGAAAGCCUAUGAGAUUAUGAGGGAGCUGGACGUCAGCUACGUGCUGGUCAUUUUUGGAGGCCUCACUGGAUAUUCCUCUGAUGAUAUCAACAAGUUCCUGUGGAUGGUCCGGAUCGGAGGGAGCACGGACACGGGCAAGCACAUUAAGGAGCACGACUACUACACCCCGACCGGGGAGUUCCGAGUGGACCGGGAGGGCUCACCCGUGCUGCUCAACUGCCUCAUGUACAAGAUGUGCUACUACCGCUUUGGGCAGGUCUACACGGAAGCCAAACGUCCCCCAGGCUUUGACCGAGUCCGAAACGCCGAGAUUGGGAAUAAAGACUUCGAGCUCGAUGUCCUGGAGGAGGCAUACACCACAGAGCACUGGCUGGUGAGGAUAUACAAGGUGAAGGACCUGGAUAACCGAGGCUUGUCGAGGACAUAGACGUCACCUCCAGCUCUGAUACGCUUCGCACUGAGCGCGUCGCAUUUAGGACGCCGAAGAUGUUCCUUAAAUAUGCAGUUUCCAAGAACAUGGUGGGGUUAGAAUGUCUGAGAGUUUUUCUCUGGACAUUGUGGGCUGGGCCAAAUGGAAUGAUUUUUAUAAUUCUGAGCAGGUUACCAAAUGAAAUGUCAUGGCUUUACUUUGGUCAAUUAAAGGGGGGAUUUUUUUUUUUACGUGCCUUAUUUGUUUUGACUUUUGAGUGAUUUGAGGAAGGCUGACAGAGGACAGAAAGUAGAUCUGGGCCAGAGCGAUAGUACAGCAGGUAGGGUGUUUGCCUUGCACAUGACUAACCCAGGUUUGAUCCCUGGCAUCCCAUAUGGUUCCCUGAGCACUGCCAGGAGUAAUUCCUGAGUGCAGAGCCAGGAGUAGCCCGCCGGAUGUGACCCAAGAAGCAAGCAAGCAAGAAAGUAGACCUUCUCCUUGCUCCCAGCCCUGCCUUUCUCAGAUUUGGAACAUAAUCAAGGAAUGGCUGAGAUUCCACAGAUGCUAACAGUUUUGUCAUUUCAAGAACCAGCACCUGGUACAAUGCCUAGCACAUUAGUGGGUGCUCAGUAAACUCCGGUUGGAUGAAUCAAUGUUUGUGGGACCAGGGGCCCUUCCUGGGUAAGGCUGGCAGCUGUGUUGCCUUCCUGUCUAUUCUCAGAUCUCUGGUCCUCUGAGGCUCUCUGAUGCGAUCAGGACUCAAGGUCUACCCAGACUUGCUCUCACUAAUGUUCUUUGGGACUAGUUCGAUGUCUUUUUUUCUUUGGGACUAGUUUGAUGUUUUUGUUUGUAUAUUUGGAGCAGGAAUAAAUGAAGACUGAGCUAGUAGUUUUGAAGAUUCAAGGCAAACAGUUAUUGUUUUCUGUAAGAGGAAAAAAACUAACAUGUGUUUGUGUGUGUGGAGAGAGAGGAAAAGGAAGUGAGAGUCCUUUUUUUUGGUCCAUUGUAGUCUUGUAUGUCUUUGAAAUUCAACUUCAUUAUUCUGGUGUACCCCUGACACAGUAAAUGUCCCUUUGCACAUUUUCUUACACUGUGCUCUAAAACUCUUGUGGAUAAAGGUGAGUUACUUCCUCCCUUAGUCUCUGCCUUCUUGUUAGUAUAUGCCACUAACAAGAUGCAGUGAUGGAACUCAUGGCCCAAGCAUUGCAGGGGUGCUCCAGGCAGCCUGAGGACUGCAGGGGCUGGUCUGGGCAGCCCCUUGCACUGCAGGGUCUGGGCACAGAAGCACCCACGAGGGCUGAUUAUCGUCACUAGGGGCUCCCAGGCCUCCUGAGCACUCGUUGGAAAACUCUCACUCAAAACAGAAAUGGUAUCUAUUUCAAUAGAUAUAUACUCAAAAGAGGCUUGGGGGAAAUAAAGGAGACUUUGGGAAAAAACUCGUGACAGGUACAAAAAUCAAACUCCCUUCAGGGGCUGGCAAGACAGUACAGUGGUUAGGGCACACACAGCCAACCUGGGAUUCAAUCCCCAGCACCCCAUAUGUUUUCUGGAGCCCCACCAGGAUUGCAUCAAGGGGCCAAGGUUGUGCUCAAAGAUAAAGGACUAGGGCUGGAGCAAUAGUAUAGCAGGUAGGGCAUCUGCCUUGCAUGCGGCUGACUUAGGUUUAAUCCCUGGCAUCCUAUAUAGUCAGUCCCUUGAGCACUGCCAGGAGUAAUUCCUUAAUGCAGAGCCAGGAGUAACCCCUGAGCAUCACUAAAUAUGACCCAAGAAAACCAAACAAACAAGAUAAAGAACCAGAGCUAUAGCACAGCAAGGAGGCCAUUUACCUUGCACGUGGCCAGUCCAGGUUCAAUGUUCCCUGACGACCUAUAGGGUCCCCUGAGCACUGCCAGGAGUAAUUCUUGAGUGCAGAGCCAGGAGUAACUAACCCCUGAGCAUCAUGGGGUGUGACCCAAAGCCAAAAAUAAAAAAUUUAUUCAGGCACAGCCAUUGCAAAUGUGAGAAUCAGCUGAGUUGAAAGUGGUCUUUCCUGAGAAUUAGAAAAUGUUGCUUUUUAGAAUUUGUGGGUGGGGGAACCGGGAGUUAGGAAUUAAGUGCACUAUAACACUGAACAGGAAAACAGUUCUUACUGUUCAGUAGUUCGGGGAACGACGCUGUGCUGGAGUGGAAACCCAGCGCCCACUUGCAGCACCUGUGUCCGAGGCGUUUGAGUUACCCCCCUGCUUUCAAGGGCAAGGCUUUUAAUGUGUUUUGUUUUUUUUUCUGGGUGUGUGUGUAGGGGGGAACGACAGUUUGGGUCUCACCCAGUGGCUCUCAGGAAUGACUCCUCGCUGUGUGCUCAGGGGACCAUGAGCACACAUGUGCUCCAGCUCGCUGAACUGCUUCCAGGCCCCAAAGAAAGUUCUCGAAAAGUGCUGUCAUGGCGGGGGUGGGGUGGGGUGGAGUAAUAGUACAGCGUAGGUGCUUGCCUUGCACGUGGUAGACCUGGGUUUGGUCCCUGACACCCCAUAUUGCCCUGGGAGCACCACCAGCCAGGAAUGAUUCCCGAGUGCAGAGCCAGGAGUAAGCCCUGAGCACCACCGGGUGUGGCCCAAAACAACAAAAUGUGCUGUCAUGUAGCCUAGGAAGUAACAAAAUUAAAAUCAAAAGAACAGCUAUGUAACACUAUUAGGGUGUCUAAAAUAAAGUCUUUUUUUUUUUUUUUGGCUUUUUGGGUCACACCCGGUGAUGCACAGGGGUUACUCCUGGCUUAUGCACUCAGGAAUUACUCCUGGCAGUGAUAGGACUCACUGUCCUAUUACUCCAGCCUUAAAAUAAAAUCUUUUAAAAUAAUAUACAACCAAAUAAAAGAACAGCCCGAGAGAAGAUCAGGAACUCUGACGCUAGAGGGCAGUGGAAGAUCAUGGAUGAUCUCUCAUGAGUACCCCCAGUGUGUCAAAGAGACACCCCCAAACCUCUGUAUGUGUAUUAAGCCGAACUCGGCCUUGCUUGAAGAACUUGGUAUAUAAAUUAGUCUGGAAAGCUGGUUCCUGGGCCUGCAGGUGCUCCUGAAGAGAACCUUUGGGAGCAUUGUUUGACUUACCUGUAAGUGGAAUACUUCCUGUUUUUUAAGCAGGUAACACGAAACUGUUACCUUAUACAUUUUGAAGUAACUUAGGAUUUACUGAUAUACACUGUGAAUGUAUCUUACAAUGAUACACCUUGGUUGUAAAUAUGUCUUACUGUAAUGAACACACAGUUGUUUGAAUGUCUUGGCAUUAAAUAUCCAUGGGGUUACUGAG